GAGUCAGCCGUUACUUGCGCCGGUUUAGUCUCGACCCACAAAAACAGAAGCAGCUGUAACUAGCAAAGUUUUGGUUAAAGUUAACCUAAACAUACUAACGAACGUUGAAUCCCCUGGAAGUUAUAGGAGGAUCAUGACAGAAAGGUAUCUGCGUAACUGAUGAAGAUCACGGUUAUUCGACAUGCUUGCCAGUUAACAUCCAGUUGACGUCUGAGGUCCUGUAGCUAUGGGGACACAGUUCACAAUUGAUGAUGCGUUUGUCCUGGAUGGGGAGGAGGAGGAAGGUGUGGUGCCUGGAGAGGAUGUGGAUGAGUGGAAGGGGAGAGAGAAAGAUGGAGGGGCAGAGAUGACGUUCGGACCGCUCUCUUUUACCAAAACACAAUGUCAUGCUUCUGGUUCCACUGGCACUCCUGAACACAGUAACCUGAAAUAUCAGAACCUGGAAAAUGAAGAUGCUUUAGGUGGCACUGUGAACUCUUCUUUCAAUAACUUCUUCAAAAUCAGUGAUCCUGCUACUCUGUCCUACUGCAGCUCUCAGUGGUCAUUCAGCACACUCAGCUCAGUCACCCAGCUGUCUGCCCACUGCUGCGGGUGGACGUCUCACCCGCUAGUGAAGAAGAACAGACGAGUCGUUCUUGCCUCAUUCCUCCUCUUAAUCACUGGAGUUGCUCUGAUCUUUACAGGCAUUGUCAUACAGUUAAACCCACACGCAGGUGUUUCAAGUGCAAUUUUCUUUGUUCCUGGAUUUCUUCUCUUCAUUCCUGGUGUAUAUCAUGUGAUCUACAUAAGCUGUGCAGUUAGGGGGCGAAGAGGAUUCAAGUUCUUCUAUUUGCCAUACUUUGAGAAGUAAACCGUUUGUCUUUACAUCAUCCAGACUGGUGAUCUGGUUUUUUUCUGCCCACCAUUUCAUGUGCUCUAAAAUAUAUUUUGUUACUAAGUAUGGGUAUGAUAAUUUUUACAAUCUCACUUUCUACGGUUUUCUAAACAAUUUAACAGCCAAUCUAUACGCACGUCUAAGUAUAACCUCUUCAAAUAAAACUAACAGCAGAGUUAAAACUUUGAUUUAGAGUGUCAAGAGCUACAAUAUACAAUUUUACUUCAAUAUUAGAAAGCACAGGCUGUGUCCAUAUGAUUUUAGAGGUUGUUUGCUCAGACUGUAUAUUGAUUGACAAUCUAUAUUAGCUGUACUACACUGAAUGGUAUGUUCCCAAUUCAAUGAAAAAUGUUGGAAUCAGUACUAGGAGUUCAAAAAGGAGCCUUAUAAUAAGCCUGUGUUACAUAAGUAAAAUGUUCUGUUAUAAAUAGUGCACCUUUAAUAACAUGAAAUUGUACACCACUGACCUUGUAAAAGUGGCGGGAAAAAAAUCAUAGACAAAACAAAUGAGUCAAAAGAAUGAAAAUAUCAACUUAGAAACCCAAUACAAUGUGUCAAUUAGGUCAUCACAUGCACACAUACAGCCCAUGUUUUAAAGCAUUUUAAACACCUCUCUUGUACAAUCAUGUUACAUGCGUUAACCAAAGUGAUUUGUAUUGCCACUGUGCGUCAUUCAUUUUAUCUAGUACCACUACUUACACUUUGAACCACUGUUUUAGUGUACAUCCAACAAUUGAGUGUUAAGAUUUUUUUCUUGUGUGAUUAUGUAAUUUUUUAAUAAUGUUGACACUACAAUAAAACUUUUUUAUAUUUGCUUUUAAA